ACAACUUUGCUUCUCUACGCACACAUUUUUCGCACUUCACUCUCUUCCUUUAACGCCAAAUUCGAAGGAAUUCACAACCAAAAACCCCAUACCCAAAACUUCUAGAUUAUGGAAGCUCCAGAGUUCUUUCUUGGAACCACCGGCUAUUGCUCGCAAUUGACGCCGGAGAAGCAUGGUUCCGGCGGUGACCAUUUCAUUGUCGAUGAACUUUUGGACUUCUCCAACGAGGAUGCCGUUGUCAAUGACAACGCUGUUGAAUCUGUUGCCGGACAUUCCACGGAAUCCUCUACCGUCACCGUCGGCGACAGCUGCAAUUCGUCGUCCUUCUCAGGUUCCGAGCCAAAUUUCGGGGGUGAUAUUGGUUGCGGCCGGAGUCUUGCUGACGGACCGUUCGCGGGAGACCUCUGUGUGCCGGUAAAUUCGAAAUUCCCCUGUGUUUGUAAUAAUUGAAAGAGAAAAUAAAAUUUUGAAUUUGAA